AUGAGCUCUCUGGAAUUAUGCAACCCCAAACAGGAAGCUCAAUGGCGUCAGCAGCGAGCCAAACUAUACGAAGAGCUCUAUGAAGGUGGCAAAGCAGCGCUUGAUCGAGCGAGUGUUCGUAAAACAAGACAGCACUUCAUAGCUGGUGCAACGCUCGAGUCCAAGCCGUACGAGUUUCUCACUGAGAACGACGGUGUUGCUCUCAUUUGUGCACCAAUUCCACAGAAAAUGGCGGAGCGCUGUCACGCCAUUGGCACGCAGCUGACAGACUUGCUACCACGUGAGCUUGAAACCAACAACGCCGUGGCUUGCGUCACACGUCGUGAUCUCAUGCACGUCACUCUCUUUCAUACGUCACAUCCUGGCGAUAUGGCACCAGACGCAAGACUACGGUUCCCUCAGGACGUGGCACAGCUCCAAGACAUGUGCAUGCACGUGGUACCGUUCGAAAUGACUCCUGUCCAGGUCCUCAUGGCCUCUUCAGGUGCUAUUAUCAUGCUCUUUCAAUGCUUGUCUACGACUACAAAGCUUCAUGACGACGUUGUCAACGCUCAUGCCGAGUUUUCAGUGGACGUGAUCCGCCGCAUGGCGAAAGAAACGUUUUCAUACACGCCCAAGACGGACACGCAAGUGAUCAUUCACUCGACGCUAGGACGUGUGUUGUCGCCGGAUGUGAGUGAGGAGACCCUGGAGUGUCUUCGAGCCAAGUGUGACGAGAUCACGGCCGAAUGCAUGGCCGAGCCUCAAUCGGCAUUGUUCGACAAGCUCUGGUUUGUAGAGGAGACCCAUCACUUGUCACCGCAAGGUCCCAAGACUGAGGUCCCAUUGUGUGGUGGUGGGUAUAAGGCGUAA